ACCGCGUCCGCACGGCUACCUGAGCGGCAGCCGCGAGCUGCGUCCCGCCUCUCUCGCUUGCUCGCUCGCUCGCUCGCUCGCUCGCGGCCCGGGGCGGCGCGGACAUGGGCGCCAAGCAGAGCGGCCCCGCCGCCAACGGCCGCACCCGCGCCUACUCGGGCUCGGACCUGCCCUCCGGGACCGGCGGCGGCGGCGGGGCGGACGGCGCUCGGGCGGCCCGGUUCGCGGCCCCGGUGUCCGGCGCGCAGCAGCCCAGCGCCUCGGCCGGCGCGGCGGCUGCAGCGGCGGCGGCGGCCUCGGCCCCGGCAGCGCCCCGUAGCCGCUCGCUCGGCGGGGCGGUGGGCAGCGCGUCGGGCGGCCGCGCGGCGCAGUCGGCCUUCAGCAUCCCCAGCGCUGGCGGCGGCGGCGGCGGUGGCGGUGGACCGUACGGCUCACAGGACUCAGUGCACAGCAGCCCAGAGGACGGCGGCGGCGCUAGGGACCGGGACCGGCCGGCGGGCGGGGGCCCUGGCGGGCCGCGUCUGGUGAUCGGCUCGCUCCCGGCCCACCUCUCCCCGCACUUGUUUGGAGGAUUUAAGUGCCCGGUAUGCUCAAAAUUUGUACCCUCAGAUGAAAUGGAUUUGCAUCUUGUGAUGUGUUUAACAAAGCCAAGAAUAACAUAUAAUGAGGAUGUGCUGAGUAAAGAUGCGGGGGAAUGUGCAAUAUGCCUUGAAGAACUGCAACAGGGGGACACCAUAGCACGGCUGCCUUGCCUGUGUAUAUAUCAUAAAGGCUGCAUAGAUGAAUGGUUUGAAGUAAAUAGAUCUUGUCCAGAGCACCCUUCAGAUUAAGCACACCAGAUUCCUGUGUUAUGGGUUUUCUUGUCUUUUCAAGAUGCUUGAGAAAUCUAGAAGAUUUGAAGAUCUGUCUCUGGAAGAAAAUGAGAGCUGCAGGCUUAUUCAGCCAGGACCUGAGUUCUGGGACACUUGGGUAGUCCAGAGGAGGACAGGAACCACAGAACUCAGCGUACCACACUUGCAUAUAAGGGACACACAGGGAUUUUGAAAAUGCUGCACAUCCUGUACCAGUCACUGCAUAGAUGACACUGAUAAACAUUUUGUAUUCAGACGCCAAAGUUAACUCAUUUCAAAGUUGAUUUCCUUUUUAUUAAGUUCUGUAGAGCUGCUGUUUUAGUGUAUUUGGUUUUGGUUUAUUUGUUGGUUUUUUUUUGUUUUUUGUUUUUUUUUUUUUUUUAGUUUGGGGACUUUUUAUUUCCCUGAACAUAAUGUUUCUGCCUUCACCUAUUCUUAACUUGAAAAACCACACAAUUUCUUUCUUACAAACUCUUCAACGUGAACCAAGAAAUGUAAUGAAAGCAGUAUAAUAUUCUGUGAAUGGAGAGUAUAAUUGAAGUUCUUCCACUUCCACCCUCAGCUCCCGCUACUCCCAUGUAUAACAAGUAGGUUUCUGGGUUGGAGAGCUAAACUCUGUUAGUUUGAAUUAAAGGUUAAUAUAUAAAAGUGUCAUCCAAAGAGUAAAUCAAGGUACAUAAUUACAUUUGGUUCAUUACAUGUAGAGCUGUCUACUCAACUGCAGUUUCUGAAACCCAUUGUUUCUUCUAAAAUGAAACUGUGCAAUAGCUUGUUAGCCGUGACCAUCUUGCAGCUAUGCAACUUUGAAAAGUCUAGAUUUGCUGGUCCCCGCUCUGGGGCCACAGUGACUCUGUCCUAACGGGUGUCUUUUGUCUUUCUGUAAUUACUUCAUUGUGCUUUGCAUUUCCAGGAGGUUUCCCUAUGUUUGGGUAAAAUGUUUAGCAAGUUGUAAAACAUCAUACCUUAUGAAAAGGGUGAAAUAAACACUUCUGCAGUGGGACUUGGAGUAAUCUGAGGGACAUUUUAUAUACUUUUAAAAAUCAGAAUUUAAUUGGGAUGCCAGAUUUCUAGCAACUUGCAUCUUUAGUUUUCCAGAUAAUCUGGAAGUUAGCAUUUGAUAAAUGAUUUUUUAAGCAAAUAUAAAGAUUUUUGUUAAUUUAUAAUUUAUUAAUGUGUUGUUACUGUGAUUGAAAAUGUUGUGGAUACUUUUAAAUUCAGUCUUUGUAGAAAGAACUGUAUUAAGCAAAAUUAUGUGAAUAAAUAUUCCCCCAAAAUACAUCUAAUGGUUAAGAAUACUGGAAGAGAGCUAUCAGGGCUGCAACAGUGAAUGUCUUUUUAAAUAACUAUCAAAAUGUCAAGAAGUAGAGGUCAUGGUUAGUCUCUGGGGGAACACAGCCCUGCUGUCAUGCUGCACUGUGCUAUGCUGCCCUGGGUGUGGAAGGGGAGUCUCUGGUGCUGCUCUGCCGCUCUUCACUCUGAUUGUGCCCCAGCCCUGUUGCUUGUACCUAACCCUGCUCACAAGGGCAUGAGCAGGAGCACCUGCUGCUAUGGUAGGGUCGGGGUGGGAAGAACUUGCCUGCUUUCCUAUGGCUGUAGGCUCACUGGGUUACCUGGCCGGGCCUGUGGUCUGACCCUGUGUGACAGUUGCAGCACAGCUCUGUAGGUGUUCCUUUCAGCCAGGGGUAGGAAGUACUCUUCCUUGGAGGGAAAUAGUCUUUCUCUAGGCUUUUGUUUGGUUUUAUGAAAUCUGAAUCCAUUUUACUUGGCCUUUGAGUUCAUAAGCUUUGCUCUCCCCCUGAUUUUCCCUAGGGAAGAGCUCUUAGAAUGUGAAUACCCACUUUGCUCUUUACUGCUGGUGUAUUGUCUGGAAAGAAUCACUUCUGCUGGCUUCUCUUCUUGGAGUGCAGCUGUGCUAAUUAAAGUUCAGACUCCCUGGGAAGAUGACCUGCUCCGUGCUAAGCUCAACUUGUUGGUGUCUCAGCCUGAGUUCCCCCUUCCAUCACACUGUCCUCCAGCUGUCUUCUGUGCUAUGGCUGCCUCCAAGCUCCUGUGGUGUUCGAGAGCUCACUGCUGCCUGGCAAGGCCAUGGACACUGUCUAUGCUGAUGCUUGUCUGGACAGUGGUUCCUGAAGUCCACUCAGAUAGCCUGCUUGAUUUUUGUUUUUAUUUGGUCAGAUUUUAAAGUUGACAUUUUAACUUUAAAUUUUGUCUGCACAAUUUCCUAAAAAGAAUAAUUUAGAAAUAGAAGAAAAGAGAGAAGCUUAGAUGCUCCAGUUUCUGUACACAGUUACUAUUCUGGGAAUGUUCUACUAUAAGUGAUACUUUAUAUAAUAUUGCUUAUAAUACUUAACAGGCUGUCUGCACACAUUGAAUAGCAUCCAUCAUAAAGUUACAGAAUAUUCAGCUGAAACUACUGAAUAUGGAGACAAAAUAAAAAUUGAAAGCCUCAGUUACCAGUUAUCCAGCUGGUCGUAGCCUUCUAGAAUCUUUGUAAAUACUCUUCAGAUAAGGUCACAAGUGUGUAGAGAAUGAGGUACAUGCUUGGAUUUCUGCAGUCCCCUCUGUCCAUAGUGAAUGUAUUGCCAAUGUUGGUCCUACUUUAACCUUUUCAUUCUCUCUUUGCCAGUAUAUUUAAGAGAAGCACUGUUCUUUGUAAAAUCAUUCUCUUUCUUUGGCUCCUCUCUAGAGAAGUAUAAUGUUUUUCAAACCUAGUUACAAAUCGGACUAUAAGAUUGUUUUAAGAAGACUAUUUAUGAUUAAGAUUUAAGUAGUGGUAUCUACUUGGCUUGUCUAUAUGACAGCAGAAGCCACGGCGGCAAAGCCCUGGUGACUGUUGAAGUAUAUAGGUUUGGGCUUUCUGCAUUCUUAAAUUUUACAUGGUUAUUCUGGUUUCCACUUAGAUACUAGACUGCAACCCAUAAUAACCAUCCUUAGCAUAUCUGCAGUAUGCAUAGAAAAGAUACUUCCAACUGACUGAGUUGCCAGAAAUGGCAGAAUCUUUUCCAGAUUGUAUUUCAUACUGUGUUUCUAAGUAUGGGUGUGGUGAGGUUUCAGAGCACUCAUUUCCUACUGGACACGGUGACUCAUACUCAUGCCAACUCUCAGGAAACGGAGGCAAGAGGAUUGCCACAAGGUCUGGGCUGGCCUGGGCUACAUAAUGAGGUCUAGGCUAGACUGUCUGAAAAACAAACAAACAAACAAACAAACAAAUAAUCAUUUUAAUAUGUUACAGCAAGACAUACUCCUUUUAGUAAGAAGGAUUGUGGAUUCGAUGUAAAUAGUGCCUGCUUUUUCUGUAUUGACUUAAGGGAAAUAAGGGGAGUUCCCCAGCAGGAAGCUAAAGAUGAGCAAAGUGUGAAACACUUAAAAUUGGAGAAUUGGUUGAGUUUGCCAUCUGACUGAUAGCCACACUGUGUACUGACCACAUGAUCCAGAUAGCUUAGUCUUCACAGAGGAGGUCCCAUCUAAACCAAACCAAAUCAUUGGAGCAUACAGAGUGACUCAGAGGCAGAGGGUGCUAUUGUCACAAGCACCGUGUGCUGGCUACAGGUCUCUACUGCACUUAGCCAUUUUUCUGUAAGUUUGGUCUACCCUAGGGUAAAUGCCACACUCUGUGAGAGAUAAGACACGGAGCGUCCCUUGUUAUUCAGUAUACAGAGAUUUUUAACUUGACUUUAAAAUUGUAGCAUGUCAGCCCCUUGGAGUCCAUUCUCCUAUCUUUCCUAGAGUAUAUAACUUCUGAUAUUUUCUUAGCUGUGUGAUAUAACUAGUUACCUGACCAGUUUUACCCUGUUCUUUCUCCAUCCCCCAACUCCUGCUGAGUCUCAAUGGCUAUUGCUUGGGGUACUCCUGAAAUCAUUGAUAAAAUUGUUGGCGAGAAUGUACCCAAGUAAUACUUUAUACCAUAGUCUGUAAAUGCACUUAAGCUAGAAAUAGACUUAAAAAAAAAAAAA